UUGCUAAGCACUCCUUGUAUCUUUCUUGUCAGGAUGUAUAAGGUCGACAUUCAACCGGAGCAGGCAGAGGCUGUGGCCAUUGAAGCCCGGAGGAACCAGGAGAAACAGAGGCAGAGCCGAAUCUUUAAUGUUCGGGAUCGAGUCAUUGGGGUGGAUGUGGAAGCCCUGAACAGCCAAGUGCAGGAGCGGAAAAGACGAGAAACUGCUGAGCGGGCUCGCGAGGCAGCCUUUGAUGCCAGCCGGGUCCAGUGUGACCUGGUGGCCCAGCUGCUGGAGAACGAGGAGUUGCAGCAUGCCCGGCAGAUAGCCCGGCAAAUACAGGCCUUUCGUGAGGGGGAGCAGCAGCCCCAGGGCCGCCGAGACUUUGACCUGUAUGACCCAGCAAGACUUCAGAAGGAAAAGGCACCCCGAGUGGGUGACCUGGACUACCACCGUGGGCCCUCCAGCAUGCAGCUAUUUGCUGGGGAAGACUCGGGCCAAGCUACCCGCCAGCACUUACAACGGGAACAGGCCCGUUGUGAAUUGAGGUAUCAGCAGGAGGAGCGCCACCGGCUUAGGAGAGAUGAGAAGUACUUGGAGAUCCUGGAUGGCCAGAAGCGGAUAGAGAUGGAUCUUCAAGCCGCUCAUCUGGAGGGUUUGGAAGCCGUCUGCCGUAAGGCCAUGAAUGUGGCUGUGGCUGAUUACAACAGGGCGCAGGCCAUAGAGGCUGGCGAACGGCGACGCCUAGCCCAGCGGAAGGAGCAGGAUGACAACCUCACUGAGAUCUACAAUCACCUGACCAGUGACAUGCUGACUGAGAACUCUUCUGUCUCUUCGAACCCCUUGGUCCCACACAGGGUGAUCCUGGAACGCUGGAAGGGCAUGACUCCUGAGCAAAUAGCCACCAUCCAGAAGGAACAGGCGGCCCAGCGCCUCGAGGCCCAACACCAGCGGCAGGCCGAACGGCGCUUAGAAGCUGAGUGGGCCCUCCAAGAGCGGCUGGCUGCUCAGGCCGCUUGUCAGAUGGAACACGAGCAGCAGGUCCAAACACAGAAGCUUCGGCAGGACCUAGACGCAUACAACAAGCAGCUGGCCCAAGAGCAGCGGGCACAGAAGGACUAUCUGGACAAAGUGGUGUACACCAAUGAGCCCACGGCCUGCUUCCAUCUCCAGUUCGACACCAGCAGCCGUUGAGCUGGGAGGCCUAACCCGGGCACUUGGGACCUGGCCAAGGGCAGGGAAGCUGAGCUUC